GUUGAGUUGCUGCCACUUUUUAAAUUUUGUUAUGGUUUUUGGUUUUAUUUGCCUGGCCUUGGCGGGACUUUUUGUUUGAAUUCCUAACCAAAGAAACAGCCCACUAUCACAACAAUCAGCAGUGAACUAAAAAACGAAAUUUCUUUACUAAAUCAUCUAAAUGGAGGCUAGUUUGGCAUCAACCGACACCGUAAUUGACGAGGAAGCCAAAGCCGGCGGCCCCCAGCCCCUUUCCAAGCUUCAGGUCAACGGGAUCACAGCUGGCGACUUGAAGAAGCUCGAAGAUGCCGGUUUUCACUCAAUUGAAUCAAUUGCAUACACUCCUAAAAAAGUUCUUGCGGCUAUUAAAGGCAUCUCUGAAGCCAAAGUCAAUAAACUCCUCGCCGAAGCGGCGAAAUUUGUUAAUAUGGGUUUCACCACAGCCACUGAUAUUCACAGACGAAGGGCUAAUAUUAUCCAACUGACCACCGGUUCGAAAGAAUUGGAUAAGUUGUUAGGGGGCGGUAUUGAAACUGGUUCAAUUACGGAAAUUUUCGGCGAAUUUCGAACGGGGAAAACACAAAUUUGCCACACUUUGGCUGUGACUUGUCAAUUGUCGGUUGAAAGUGGCGGAGGCGAAGGCAAGUGUCUUUAUAUUGACACUGAGGGCACGUUCAGGCCUGAACGCUUGCUACCGGUGGCUGAGAGGUACAACAUGGACGGACAACAAGUCCUGGAUAAUGUCGUGUUUGCGAGAGCUUUUAAUACCGAUCAUCAGACUGAACUUUUGGUUCAUGCCGCGGCAAUGAUGAUGGAGUCAAGGUACUGUCUUUUGAUUGUCGAUAGUGCCACGUCUUUGUAUCGGACGGAUUAUUCGGGAAGGGGGGAAUUGUCAGCAAGGCAGAAUCAUCUGGCGAGGUUUCUGAGGAUGUUGCUGCGACUUGCUGAUGAGUUUGGAGUUGCCGUUGUGCUGACGAACCAAGUGGUUGCCCAAGUUGACGGCGCUGCGAUGUUUAACGCAGACCCUAAGAAACCAAUCGGUGGUAACAUUAUGGCACAUUCAUCCACAACACGACUUUCCUUGAGGAAAGGCCGAGGCGAAGCAAGAGUGUGCAAAAUAUACGAUUCGCCGUGUUUGCCCGAAUCCGAGGCAAUUUUUGCCAUUCGUCCGGACGGAAUCGGGGAUGUCCAGGAAUGAUAUUUUAUUUUUUUACUAGAUUGUGCGUUAUUUUUAAUUUUGCUGAUAAUAAGUAUUUUUCCAAUUGAUAUUAUAUAUUUCACAAUA